GGGUAGUGAGGUUUGCUCUCACGUUGUAAUCCAGCAUGGCAGGCAAACAGAAACGGAAACUGGAAGACCUGAGUGUGGAUGAGUUCUUGCUGUCAGGUUUUGACUCUGCAGGUGAAGAUGAAUUCGAAGAAGAAACCCCCCAAAAAAAUGGGCCAAAGAAGAAUAACAAGAAAAAUAUCAAGGCUCAGACCCCAAAUAAAGAUGACAAGAGAAAGGGCAAGGCUUCUGAGCAUAAGGAGCAGCUGUCCAGGUUGAAAAACAAAGAUCCUGAGUUCUACAAAUUCUUACAAGACAAUGACCAAACACUGCUCAACUUUGAUGAUACGGACAGCUCGGAAGAUGAAGAUGAGAAAAGAUACCACAAACUGCCAUCCAAACUUGAGGAGGCCAGUUCUGAUGAUGAUGACGAUGAUGAUGACAAUGAUGCGGAUGGCCAAAAAAGCUCUUCCAAGAAAUCCAAGAAGGCAGUGGAGUCCAUCAAAGUCACAGAUAAAAUGAUUGAAGACUGGAAAGCUGCCCUUAAGAAUGCACCCACGCCUCGUCUCUUCAGAGAGGUCACUCAGGCCUUCAAGGCUGCUGUGGCCACGACAAAGGGUGAAGGAGCCGGGCAGUGUCGAUACAAAGUGGCUGACAGUUCAGUUUUCAAUGCCCUGGUCCUGUUCUGCAUCAGAGAUAUUUAUGUGGCCCUGCAGAGAAUGCUCAACCUGAAGCCCAAUAAAGACCAGAAAAAACUAGUGCUCCCAUCAUCUAGUCCAAAGUGGCAGAGGAAUCAGAUAGACAUCAAAAUGUAUCUUAGUGGAAUAGUUCAGUUGUUGUCCUGUCUCACAGAAGCUACAGUUAUUAGUGCUGUCCUGAGACACACUAACCAGCUCAUUCCUUAUUACCUGUGUUUGCCCAAACAGUGUCGGCACCUGGUGAAGCAACUGUUGAAGCAGUGGAGCACAGGAGAGGAGACGAGUCGGGUUCUCGCUUUCCUCGCCCUCAACAAGAUUUGUAGACACAAACAGGAAGUGUAUCUCAACCAAAUUCUCAAGCAAAUGUACAUUUCCUAUGUACAAAACUGCAAGUUCACAUCUCCCAAUGUGCUGCCAAUGAUCAACUUCAUGCAGAGAACUCUCACUGAGAUGUACUCUCUAGACACACAGGCCACGUACCAGCAUGCAUUCAUCUACAUCCGACAGCUGGCCAUCCACCUCCGGAAUGCAAUGACCAUGAAGAAAAAGGAGACGUACCAGUCGGUUUAUAACUGGCAGUAUAUCCACUGCUUAUACCUGUGGUGUCGAGUCCUGAGUACUCUGUACCCCAGUGACGUCCUCCAGCCUCUCAUCUAUCCACUCUGCCAGGUCAUAAUUGGAACCAUUAAACUGGUGCCCAUAGCGAGAUAUUACCCCCUGAGGAUGCACUGUUGCAGAGCCCUCACUCUGCUGUCAAGCAGCACUAAAACAUUUGUACCUGUCCUGCCCUUCCUGCUGGAGAUCUUCCAACAGGUAGACUUCAACAAGAAACCAGGGCGAAUGAGCAAAAAACCAAUCAACUUUGCAGUCAUUCUGAAACUUAACAAAGUCAACCUGAUGGAGAAAGCCUACAAGGAUGGUUUGGUCGAUCAGCUGUAUGAUCUGAUACUGGAGUAUUUCCACACUCAGGCCAACACCAUCGGCUUCCCUGAGCUCGCACUGCCCACCAUCAUUCAGCUGAAAGCGUUCCUGAAGGAAUGCAAAGUGGCCAAUUACUGCAAGCCGGUGCGCCAGCUGCUGGAGAAGGUGCAGGAGAACAGCAGCUACAUCACAGGACGGAGACAGAAGGCCGCCUUCGGAGUAGCCGAUGCCACCGCUGUGGCUGUGUGGGAGAAGCAGGUCCAGGAUGAAGGGACUCCGCUCAGCAGGUAUUACAGCCAGUGGAAGAAGAUGAGGGAGAAGGAGAUCCAGCUGGAGAUCUCUGGCAAAGAGAGGAUGGAAGAUCUGGACCUGCCUGAAAUCAAACGCAAGAAGGUUCAGGAGAAGAAGGAAGAGGACAAGAAGGAGUUCAAGGAUCUGUUCCAGUCUGACAGUGACUCAGAUGAAGAGGAAUCUGGAUUGAAAGUCAAAGGUAAGAAAAACAGCCGUGGGUCAGACGAGGAUGAAGAUGUUGAAGACCUGUCUGACAUGAGCGACGACGAGGGAUUAGAGGGCAAAGACUCAGAUGAUGAUGAUGAUGAUGAUGAUGAUGAAGAGGAGGGGGAUGAAACAGCCUCUGGGGCUCCUCAGCCACUGUCUUCUGCUGCUCUGAUAAAGCUGGCAGAGGGAGAUGAGGAUUUGGUGGAAGACCUGGAGCUGUCUGAUGAUGACUGAGGUUCAGGGAUGUUCACACCUGAGACUAGUUUUCCUCUUGUUCCAACCAACAAUCCAUACUUGGAGUAUUUUUGGACUUUUUGCUAUUUUCUUUUCUUCUAAGUUUUGUAUUGCUUUACCUGUACAGAACAAAUAUUGUGAUGUAACUUUAUUAAGCGUCAAGACCAUAUAAAAGACCUGAGUUCUAGAACCCA